CAGAAAACUAUGAGUCCAUGAGAUUUUGUCACAGAAAAAGCUGGAUAUCGAGUUAGAAGCUCUAAAGAAGAGUAACUGGCUGGCUUGGGCGGGACUAGGAUACAUGUCAGUCCAGUUUGGCAUCCUAGCUAGAUUAACAUGGUGGGAGUACUCCUGGGACAUCAUGGAACCUGUCACAUACUUCGUUACCUACGGCACUGCCAUGGCAUGUUACGCUUACUUCUUAUGCACUAGAGAGGAAUACGUCUACCAAAACUUCAAAGACCGACAGCAACUCCUUCACAUGCACAAAAAAGCGAAAAAAGAGGGUCUUGAUCUGGCCAAGUACAACAUGCUGAAAGAAGAAGCCGCAAGGAUCGAAUACCUCCUGAAAAAGAUACGAAACCCCUUGAAACUGAGGCCUGCCCCUAAGGUCACAACAACUGCCACUCCCUUGAUCUUAGAAGCGAUACCUAUAACAACCAACGGCACUGGAACCACAAAAAUACUGACAAUGUCAAAGGAGGCAGAGGCUGAAAAAGGUGAUAAAACUGAUAAGCAAUCGGACAAAUGAUAAAAGAAUACUGAUAGGGUUUGAAUUUUAUUUAUUGAUUUAGAAGCGACCAUUGAUACAUAUAAUAAUGGUGUGAAGCUCAAAUCUAGUACGUAAGGAUUGAAUCGCGUUGAUGUGUGAUACGUUAGGUAUUUCCUAAGUAUUAGGAUUCACAAAUUAUACUAGAUCACGACACAAAGGCACUGACAGGCAAUGAAUACAAAUAAAAAGUUAGUUCUUAAAAUAAAAAUAAAAUCAGAGAUUCGAAUGUUUUUUAAGAACUUAUUAUUGAUAUUCGUAGCAACAAAGGCUUAAAGUUGACAUAACGUCCGAAUAUACCAUGAGUUUCUCUUUUUUAAUACAAGCAUGAAAGGAAUACGUUAUACGAAUUAUAAACUUGAAUUUUAUCGGAGAAAAACAGUUUAGUUUCUCGGAAAAUAAUAUUUCAUGAUAUAUUAACAUGAGAAUUUUAUCUUCUUAAUAAACGUAUAGUUUUUAUGAAUUUGUUAAUCGAUCGCGGCUAUAAAAUGGAAUGUUGCAGCACAGGAUAUGUUUUGUUUAUUUAUUGUUUUUUUUAAACAGUUUUUAUAAGCAACUCUACCAAUUUUAAAAAAAUAUACAAAUUAUUUUUUUAAAUUGUAAUUACGUGACUAUAGGUCAGACAGAUCUCUAUAUGAUAAGCUUUUCAUCAUUUCCGAUAGUUUUUGUGAUAUCGUUCCUACAAAAAAAUAUCAUCAUCGUCAUUCUGAAGAGCUGUUUCAAACUGUUCAUUAGUAACAAGACGAGAAAAUUUUCGACAGCUCGUACAGUUUGAUAGGAGACGAAUAGUGGUUUUGUGUGAGGCUGGCUGGUGUUUUAGAGAAAUAGCCUUCAGGGUGCACAGAAGUCUAAAUACGGUGGUGGUUUGUUGAGAGGCAUGGAACGGCCCCACUCCAUUUAUUAAAUUCAUUAUUGCUAGGUGUAGUUUUUUCUGUCAGAAUAUUUCUUUCUUCAAUAUAUGUUUUAAACAGCUUAGAGUUUAGAUGUAUGGUAUUCCUACCCGUGUAAAAGCAGACGACUCCAACCACUGAUGGAGACUCCAUUUCUUCUUGCCUUUCUUAGUUGUACCAAAAUAAGUACCUACUCAUUGCCUGCUUUGCAAUUUUUAUCCAUGUUUCAGCUAGACGACAAACUUUUCUGUUUGAUAGAUAGUUUUGAUAGAUUCUUUUUAAAACUAGUGUUAAACUUAAAUUCGCUGGAAAGAGUGAUUUUUUAAGGGAGAAUGGCCUAGUAGAUUGAUUUUAGAAAACAAUUACUUCAAAUUUCACUACCUAUGUUCAACCAGCAAAGUAUAAUAUAUAUUUUUCAACUUGUGGACUUGCUUAGGAAGUAUCCUCAACUUACAGGGAUUACAAAAAGAAAACGAAAGUGAGAGUAGUUCAUAUAUUUAUCAUUUUUGUAGGUGAUUUUACAUGUUUCACGCCUACUUUCUCUAGAAACUAUAGUCUAUUUUUUCUUGUUAUAUGGUUACUAAAUUUUAAUGUUCCUAAGACAGAAUAACUUGUAUAAAGUUGCUGUUAUAUCUGCUGAGGUACGUUGAAUUUUUUUAAGAUUUUUAAGGAUAUUAUACAAAGUGUCUACUAACCUUGGCACAAAAAUUCUAGGAUCAUUUUUUAGACUCGUUCAAACAGAUUCUGAACUCAACUUUUGCUUUUAUCUAACAAGAAAUGUUAUUUUCGGAAAUUUUGUAAUCUUUGAAACAAAGCAAUUUUCCAGAAAAUCGUCAAAUGAGAAAUAAAUGGAACAGUCUAAAGAAGCGCUCCUUGAAUUUUUGCAUCAUGUUUUGGAAACGCCCUGUACAUACUCAUAGUUCCCGUUCUACUUCCACUUCAGCCUAAGUGACACAUUUGCUUAAAGCUUUUCCAAACCUAUUCCAGAUCGAUAAUUCUACUUAUAACUCUAGCGGUAUGCAAAGUAAAUUUAAAAUCCGUCCUAUUGCUUCUCUAAACGAAUUUUAAAAGUGCGUUCUUGUCGGAACAGGAAAUAUACUGGGAUGGGUACAAACCUGAAGUGUUAUUUCAAUGAAUGAAAUGAUUCUUUUUUAUAGCUAAAUACCGAUUUCAUUCUUAUCACCUCAAGUUCCAAUGAUAUUGAGCUUGUUUCAUAUUAUACAAGGUAUUCAAAAGUGAUGACCUUGGAGCAUGACCUUCGCCAUUUCUUCAUUAAAGAUCCUCUUGGAAAGUUUAUAUAGAAUAGAAAUUUUCCGACCUUUCUCACUUGUUGACCAAAACUUACAGUUUCAUUUUGAAUGUUUCAGUUCUUCAAAUGACCUUGAAUAUCGUGCUCAAGGUCGUUUCCGAACGAAAUGUGUUUUGCAUUUUUCAUUGGUGCUGAGGUCAAACAAAAACUCCUUAGUCGACAUCUAAAUGACCUUCAAGUUCCUUUUCAAAGGUCGCUGCUAAAUUGACUUGCGACUUUUGUCUUGACCACUUAUUCGCUUGACAGGAUUUUCUAAAAUAGGAAUCCAGAGGUCAUUUGUACUGAGGCGUGUCUGACCACCAAAUUUCUGUGCUGUGUAAACUGCUUGUCAUAUAAUGUGAAACCAGCUCAGCUAUUUUCAAGGUCAGGGUCAUACCCGAACAUGAAAUUUUCCGUGUUUUCUACCUGUAGAAUGAAAUUAGAGUUUUUUAAAUUUCACACUUGCUUUCCAAAUGACCUUGAAUAUCAUUCCUAAGGUCAUUUUCGAACAAAAAAUGUUUCUUGCACGUUCAGUAAUUGUUGCUCGGGUCAAACAGAUACGGUUUCAUCUAAAAUUUCCUGGUUGACUUCUAAAUGACCUUCAAGGCCCUUUUCAAGUGUCGCUACUAAAUUGACCUCUCAAAAACUUGCAACUUUUGUCUUGAUCACUUAUUCGCUUUCUAAAAUAGGAAUCCAGGGGUCAUUUGUAAUGAGAUGUGUCUGACCACCAAAUUUCUGUACUCUGUAAACUGCUUGUCAUAUAAUGUGAAACCAGCUCAGUCAUGUCAUUUAUCCUGUUCACAAGUUUUGACUCAGUCGAUUUUUUGUGACAACACAAUAUUGAGUAUCCAUAGACAUAGGGCGAUCAGUUUCGUUUGAAAUUACUUUUAUUGUAUUAUACAAUUAUAUUACAAAAUAUCUGAAAUAAAUAUGUGAUCCUUUCUUAUUACCACAUGAAGUAAAAGUUGAACUCUUGGUCGUAUACAUAAACAUUGAAAAUCCAUGAAUUCCCUAAUUGUGUGUACAGCAAUAAGUGUGAAUCAAACUAAUUUCUCCUUGUACGAUAUUUUUCGAGUACAAUAACAGUUAGUGAUGCUGCAUUUAUGUUUAUCUAUCCUCCAGGUGACAGUUAAUUUAUUUUUCUUUCCUUGAUUUCUAUACAGUCAAUUUCAAAUGAAACUGUUCCAUUCGGUUACCUACCUUGAUGCAUCUGUUAUGUAAGAAGGACUAUAAUAUUUCCUCUUGAAUCAUCUUAGUAAAUGAACUAUUUAUCCAAUGCUUGACGCUGUAGACUACGAGAAUCCGAUCGAGUAACUCCGAAGCUUUAAAAUUGAGCACUCCGCACCUGUAUAAAAAUAAGCACAUUUUUGCUGUGAUUUUAUUGUGACAUAAGGAACAAUCAUUGCAUGUUUUCUUCCCCAUAUGAGCUUUAAUGUAAGGGUACAUACUCUGAUACUUAUCAGAAAAUGUAAAUAGAAAUUGUAAUCCGACAUUCUUAGCAAGUUCGUUCAGAUGUAAUGUUUAUUCGCUGUUGAAAUAUUAAACAUUAUGAUAAGUAGAUAAUCAAAAAUACUGUCCUACAAACCAAGUUCUGAAAUUCUCUAGAUCCAAAUUGCAUCAAAAUUCGAAUUAGUCAUGGUUUUUUGAUAAUAGUUCAAUUUUGACUUUUUUACGUAAACACAUUUUCCAUUAAAAGUAUAUGUUCUUAUAUAAACUUUUUUAGCUUGAAUUUUUGUCAUAUAUCCCUGCACUAUAGGUCUUUUUACUUCAUAACACAUUUUUAUAUAUCUUAAGGAGUCUUCUUGAAUUGCACUUUGGCGAAUAAACAAUACAACUAAAGUUUGUUUCUGAUUAAAUGCGACAGCGGUUUUCUAGUGCCAACACUUUUUUACAAGAUAGUGCUACUUUAACUCUCUUAAAAUAAGCGUACUUCCAAAUGUAGGUUCUAAGAUACGUAAUAGUAAUAAAACGUUUUUUUAAUUGCUUUCAUUGUAUUCUGCAAAAAUUGUUCGUUUUUUCUCAUUUUUGCUUUUGUGUGUAUAAUAUUUUCUCCAGUGAUACGUAACGCGUGCUUCAAAAUAUUUGGUAAAGUUUUCACCACAUUCUGGUGGAUUUUGUUGGUUAAUCAGAAAAACGCAAAGAGCGGGAUAUAUAAAUCGUAGGAAAACUUGUAUAGCAUAAAUUCGAGAGUUACGCUGAUAAUCUAUCUAAUCUUGAAGCACUUGUCCAUGUUUAUAUCCUGUUAUUUCAUUAUCCAAAAUUAUGAAAUUUAUAUUUGUUAAUAUAUUUUUUAAUGUCAGUCAUUCAAAUAUGCUGAUAAGAGAAAUAUUUUCUAUUUUUAAAGGUUGUUUGUAUGCUAUUCUGAACGGUAUGUUUUUUAUAAUCUCAAAGCAAGAAUUAUGUAGAACAACUUUAGUAAUCCCAAGAAACUUUUACAAGUAUAAACUUGAGGGAUAAUUGUAUUGGGGUAAUAAGCUGAAUCUUUGUUUAGCUGCUCUAUGCUACUGUUUUUCUUAUGUACUUUAUGGUUUCUUUUAUGAAGCUGCGUUUGUAUGUCUAUCAGUCGGCUCGGAGCAGUAGCUGAUAUGUCUUUGUGUUUUUGUAACGAUUUUAUGAACAAUGCACAAAAUUGAAAUUAUUUAUUAUACAUUGUUUGUAAAUAGAACAUAUUCCUAUAUUGUAAUAUACAUUUGUUGCC